AAGCAAUGUUUGGUGCCAUGUGGAAGGUGAUCGUUCCAUUGAUCCUGUUUAUGGUCGGCCCUGGUGAUGGGCUUUUUCGCUCCAUAUACCGAACUGCCCGUGUCUCCAUGCCAUUCAUGGGAAAUGCAGGACAGCCUCUAUUCCUUACUCCAUACAUCGAGGCCGGGAAUAUCAAGAAGGGGCAAGAGAAGAGCAUAGUCAGUCCGUUCCCUGGAAUGAACUUGAAGAGUUAUUCUGGCUACAUCACGGUGAACAAGACUUACAAUAGCAAUCUCUUCUUCUGGUUCUUUCCGGCUCGGAUACAGCCUGAGGAUGCCCCAGUAGUCCUCUGGCUUCAGGGUGGUCCUGGAGGUUCAUCCUUGUUUGGACUCUUUGUAGAACACGGGCCUUACGUUAUAACAAACAACAUGACUGUUCGUUCCCGAGACUUCCCUUGGACCACUACCCUUUCCAUGCUUUACAUUGAUAAUCCAGUGGGCACAGGCUUCAGUUUCACUGAUACUGCCGAGGGAUACGCCGUCAAUGAGGAUAAUGUUGCCCAAGACUUGUAUAGCGCGCUGGUUCAGUUUUUCCAUUUGUUCCCUGAGUAUGCGAAGAAUGACUUUUACGUCACCGGGGAGUCUUACGCAGGGAAAUAUGUCCCGGCCAUAGCACACUAUAUCCACUCCUUCAAUCCCUUGAGGCUGUUCAAGAUCCGCCUGAAAGGAAUCGCUAUCGGAGAUGCUUACUCUGACCCUGAAUCGAUUAUAGGAGGGUAUGCAACAUUCAUGUACGAAAUUGGCCUGUUGGAUGAACAGCAGAAGAAGCAUUUCCAGAAGCAGUGUAACAAGUGCAUAGAGUUCAUCAAAGAGCAGAAGUGGAUGCUGGCCUUUGAAAUCCUGGAUAAGCUGCUGGAUGGAGACCUAACAAAUGAUCUGUCUUACUUCCAGAAUGUGACAGGAUGCACCAAUUACUACAACAUCUUGCAGUGCACGGAACCUGAGGACCAAGGUUACUAUGGGAAAUUCUUGUCACUCCCGCAAGUGAGACAAGCCAUCCACGUGGGGAACAGGACCUUCAGUGACGGUGCCGAGGUUGAGAAGUACCUGCGAGAGGACACAGUGCAGUCAGUGAAGCCCUGGCUAGCUGAGAUCAUGAAUAACUACAAGGUUCUGCUCUACAAUGGCCAACUGGAUAUCAUUGUGGCAGCUGCCCUGACAGAGCGUUCCUUGAUGGCCAUGGAGUGGAAUGGAUCCAAGGAAUACAAAAAGGCUCAAAAGAAAAUUUGGAAGAUAUUCACCUCUGAUAAUGAAGUGGCUGGUUACGUGCGGCAAGCGGAUAAAUUCCACCAGGUAAUUGUCCGAGGUGGAGGACACAUUUUGCCCUAUGACCAACCGCUGAGAUCUUUUGAUCUGAUCAAUCGUUUCAUCUUUGACAGAGGAUGGGAACCUUAUAAUUCAUAAACUACUUUCCUGAAACACUUAGGAUUUUUAAUCACAAAAUUUAAAAAAAAAAAAACUGAAGAUGUCACGUAAAUAAGAAAUGUAUCUUUUUAUGUUUUCAAGGUAUUUCUUAUCAAUGAACGUUUCCCUCAAACACAAUGACCUAUUGAGUGGAGGUUAUGGUUCAUUAUCAUGCCUGAAUGAGAAACGCAUGUCUAGAUUGAGGGGAUGGAAAGAACGGGUUCUGAGGCACUGAUGGAACAUCUAAUCCCCUCCAGGACAGAAAGUGCAAUAAAUCAAUAGACUGAUGACAUCAUCUGGUUCUGUAAACAAUAAAAGCUUACCUCUCAUGACACACCUGUACUGGUGACUCUCUACUGUUGCUCUGACCAAGAUUCUUGGCAGAAAUAACGAAGAGAGGGAAGAUUAACUUUGACUGGUGUCUUCAGCCCAUCUCAGCAGGAAAGAUGCAGGAGUGGGCAGAGAGGCCGUUCAUAUAGUGCCAGGAAGCAGAGUGAGGAUAAAGCUGGGCUGGUUUGUACCUUCAGAGGUCAUCUCUGAGUCCUCGUGGCUGGGCCCCACAUCCCACAUUCCACAGCCUCCAGAAACAAUUCCACCGCCCAAGAAAUAACUGUUCACAACAUGAGCCUAAAGGCUCAUACUGCAGCAGCCUCUGAUGAUGCUGGUGCAUAUUCCUGGAAAAACAGCUGAACAAUUCAUCCCAAAGGGGAGUUUGGAGGCAUAACAGUCUCAGGAAGGGAUUUUUCAACACAUGAAGUCUCAACAUAGAAAGUAUCUGGUAAUUCUAAGAAACGGGAACCUAACUCCCAGGAAGCCAAGGAGCUGAUGCUGAGAGCAAACUCAAUUCUUCCUUUUCUUUUUGGAGUUUGUUGGUUUGAUUGAGUUGUACACGUUCAGCAGACAGUCUGUAAGUCACAUCAGAUGAGUCAUUUUAAAUCUGAGUUUUAAAUUCUCUGCUUCCUGUAAUUAAAUAAUUUUACGUCAUUGUUGAAAUUAAAAUUUGAGCUAAU